AUGUUUGAUCUCAAUAAAGAGCUAAAAUGGGUUCCACCGGAUAGUCCUUUGGCACCAGAGUGGUAUAGACUUGAAGAUGGAAAGGGGGAUAAGAUUAACGCUGGGGAGCUGAUGCUAGCUGUUUGGAUGGGAACUCAAGCAGAUGACGCAUUCCCUGAUGCAUGUCAUUUAGAUCAAGCCAAAGUUGGUCCUGAUGCUGUUAAGAACAUACGAUCGAAGGUACAUCUUUCACUCACGCUUUGGUAUGUUAGAGUUAAUGUGAUCGAAGCUCAGGACUUGGUGCCUACUGACGAAAGUUGGCUCCCUGAAGUAUUUGUGAAGGGCACCCUUGGAAAUCAAGCAUUGAGGCACCAAGCGCAGCGGAUUGUCUUGAUGAAGCUGAGCAGGGCUGAGCCACCUUUGCGAAAAGAGGUUGUGGAAUAUAUGCUACAUGUAGAUUCUCAUAUACUUUGGAACUUCCGGAGGAGACCAAGGCACCCUCCUCAUGUGGACACCCAGCUUUCUCGAGCUGAUGCUGCUCCUCCUGAUGAACUUGACGAAGAACUUUACACAUUCCUCGGUCUUUCCCAGUUCGAACUCUGGAACUUACGGUGGAGAACAAGGCGCUUUCCUCAGAUGGAUUCGCCGCUUUCUCAUGCUGAUGAACUUGAUGAAGAAUUUGACACAUUCCCAACUUCCAGACCGUCUGAUUUUGUCAGAAUGCGAUAUGAUCGUCUCAGAAAUGUUGUAGGGAGGGUUCAGACAGUAGCUGGUGAUCUCGCAACUCUAGGGGAAAGAUUUCAGUCUCUGAUAAUUUGUAGAGACCCGAGAGCUACCAUGUUAUUCGUGACAUUCUGUUUAAUUGCUGCCAUAGUUCUCUAUGUCAUUCCUUUCCAAGUUACAGUCCUUCUUACCGGCAUUUAUCUGCUACGACAUCCCAGGUUCCGCCAUAAGCUUCCUUCAGUUCCCCUCAACCUCUUAAGGAGGUUGCCUGCAGGAUCUUACAAUAUGCUAUAA